AUGUGGAUUAUAAAACAAUUAACAUUCACAUUCGUUCAUCCCCAAUCUCUCCCCAAUAUCUCUCGUUCUCAACGGUACCUCCGAUUUCUGCUCCAUCCUCAGCGCCGCCGGCUUGGACUUCGACCUCUACUUCCGAUCUGUUGCAGUCCCUCGCAGCACAAGACACCAGUCACUGGCUGCCCCAUUGCUCGACUCCCUCCUACUCAUCAUCUCAGCACAAUGGAGAAUCUUGGUGUUCAGAACUUAAAAGUUGGUCAAUUGGCUGAAUUUAGAACAUUUGAGAAAGGAUACCGUUGUGCUUGGUUCAGAUGCAAGAUCCUGGACAUAGUCUUGGAAACGGAAAUGAUUAUGCUGGAGUACUGUGAUUUUCCAGGUGAAGGCGAGUUUACUAACGUUCAAUUCUACAGGCAUUCAGAGAUUAGGGCUCUAUCUUCUAUAGAGAUUAAGUGGGUAAAGAUAUACGAAAGGGAAAUAAAAAAACAACUGAUGGUGAGGCCUCAAUAUCCUGUAAUGUAUCAAAAAAGUGAAAUGCCAGCUGUCAAUUCAGUUUCAGAAGUAUGUGUUACCAUUGAUGGGAAAUGGAAAGUUGGGGAUUUGGUAGAUUGGCAUAAAGAUGAUUGCUAUUGGUCUGUAAGAGUUAAGAGAGUUCUGAAUCAUGAAAAAGUUGAGAUCGAGUUGACAAUUCCUCCAGAAGGAGAAGGGGGUAUUUAUGAAGCAUUCUGUAAGGAUCUACGCCCAGACUUACACUGGUCUCCAAGAAAUGGGUGGAGUGUGCCUACCAGGGAAGGUGAGACUUCAUGUGGGGCACAGCUUAUUUUUCCAUUACAUCAAGGUUGA